AGCUUUCACUGUGCUUGGUCGAAGUACGGCUGAUGUGGAUCGAGGACGAAGCGCACCCGCCUUGCAUAGAGCGGCUAGAGUUGCUGUUUAUCCAAGCUUGGCGCACCAACGUGGAGGGAGAGCUCCUCACAUUCUUAUUCGGUGCAGUACGGCCUGACCAUCAGGAACUUACCACGCAAGAGCUCACGAUCCCGGUAGCGCAGCUGGCGGACGACCUCCCUCUUGACAUCAUCUCGCAAGACGACGAGCAUUCAGUUCCCCAUGUCCUUUCCCGCACCUUGACACCUCAUCUUUUGUGGUCGGCUUGCGUAGAUGGAGCCACGGAAUGCAUCCCGCCGUCGCAGCGACAACAUUUGGAUCCUCGGGCGAUUCGUGACCCUGCCUUCUUCAGGCAGCCUACGGCAGAGCAGCUUGCGGUCAUCCAAAAGGAGGAAGAGGAGGAAGAAAGCACUGAGAGUGACGACGGGGAAGACGAGUGGGAAGAAAGUGAGGAAGGCGACGAAGUACUCGGGGAAGAAGACGAAAUCCCCGAAGAAGGAAGCUAUAGCGAGCAUAGCGAGGGGGAGCAGAGUGAAGAAGAGGAAGAAGACGAAGAAGGAGAAGAAGGGCACAAAGAAGAAUCUGCUCGACCAGAGUGGGAAGCCGUGCCGGAAGAAGCGCUGCGCACAGGUACAGAGGCAGAAGAUCCCGAGGCGGCCCGUAAAAGGGAAGAGAUCACGGCCGGGAAAACGGAGUUAGAACUUGCAAGCGCGGAGAGUCUGCAGAUCUGCGACGACGCGAACCGAGAUCCAGAGCCGCCCCAACCUGAAGAUGGCAACCUCGCAGCCACGACUCUGGCCCCAUCGGCAAGGCGACAAAGCUGAUCCCCCCCCUCCCCAACCCGUCCUUCGGUUCGCCGACGCACCGAUACGGGCGAUCGGCCUUCGUCCCCAAUUA